UCUGGCCCUGGGAAGAUGGGGGCUGUGGGGAAGACGCAGGGCUGAGGGGGAUGAGAGACUGCAGACCCAGCUCCCUGAUGGUGGUGCAUGUCCGUGCUCAGGCUGGUCAGAUGCAUUAUUGUGAAAUCCCUUCCCCUUCCCCUACCCCAGCUCUCCCCAGUUCCAACCCUGACCCAGAGAGCAGAGUCUGAUUUGGAACCUGGAAGACAAAGCCUUGUAAGGUCUGUGGAAAUCUCGGCUGCCCUGUUUCCGGCCCGCCCCCCUGCCCAGGCCUGCCCCGCCUCCUCCCCAGCCGUCCCGGUCCUUCCCACCCUCAGUCUCCUAUGCCUCUGAAUACGGGGAAUGUAAACCAGAGUCCAGGAGCCCCCAACAUAGGAGCCAAGAAAGACCCUCUUCUGCUGGCCUGAGAAUACACGUCUCCACUCCAGUUCAAUCCUUGGUCCCUCUGCUCAAGGGACAAUGAACCAGAAGACCACCCUAGUGCUCCUCGCUCUGGCGGUCAUCACCAUCUUUGCCUUGGUGUGUGUCUUGCUAGCCGGCAGGGGAGGAGCUGGGGGUGAACCCAGCUUGCCUCCCCACUGCCCCUCCAUAUCUCCCAGUGCCCAGCAUUGGACACACCCUGGCCAGAGCCAGCUGUUUGCAGACCUGAACCAAGAGGAGCUGACGGCCGUGAUGAGCUUUCUGACCAAGAAGCUGGAGCCAGGCUUGGUCGAUGCAGCCCAGGCCCGCCCCUCGGACAACUGCGUCUUCUCGGUGGAGCUGCAGCUGCCCCCCAAGGCUGCAGCCCUGGCCCACCUGGACCGGGGGCGCCCUCCGCCUCCUCGGGAGGCACUGGUCAUCAUCUUCUUCGGUGGACAGCCCCAGCCCAAUGUAAGUGAGCUGGUGGUGGGGCCACUUCCGCACCCCUCCUACAUUCGGGAUGUGACCGUGGAGCGUCACGGGGGCCCCCUGCCCUAUCACCGACGCCCCGUGCUGAUCCGAGAAUACCUGGACAUAGACCAGAUGAUCUUCAGCAGAGAGCUGCCCCAGGCUACUGGUCUUCUCCACCACUGCUGCUUCUACCAACGCCAAGGAAGGAACCUCAUAACUUUAACCACGGCCCCCCGAGGUUUGCAAUCAGGGGACCGGGCCACCUGGUUUGGCCUCUACUACAACAUCUCAGGGGCUGGGUUUUACCUGCACCCCGUGGGGCUGGAGCUGCUGGUAGACCACAAGGCUCUGGACCCCGCCCGCUGGACCAUCCGGAAGGUGUUCUUCCAAGGACGCUACUAUGAGAGUCUGGCCCAGCUGGAGGACCAGUUUGAAGCCGGCCUGGUGAAUGUGGUGCUGAUCCCAAACAAUGGCACAGGUGGGUCCUGGUCCCUGAAGUCCCCGGUGCCCCCAGGUCCGGCUCCGCCUCUGCAGUUCUAUCCGCAGGGUCCCCGCUUCAGUGUCCAGGGGAGUCAAGUGGCCUCCUCGUUGUGGACUUUCUCCUUUGGCCUUGGAGCUUUCAGUGGCCCGAGGGUCUUUGAUAUCCGCUUCCAGGGAGAACGGCUAGCUUAUGAGAUCAGCCUCCAAGAGGCCUUGACCAUCUAUGGUGGAAAUUCCCCCGCAGCAAUGCUGACCCGCUAUAUCGAUGGCAGCUUUGGCAUGGGCAAGUACGCCACACCGCUGACCCGUGGGGUGGACUGCCCCUACGUGGCCACCUACGUGGACUGGCACUUCCUUUUGGAGUCCCAAGCCCCCAAGACAAUACGAGAUGCCUUUUGUGUGUUUGAACAGAACCAGGGCUUCCCCUUGAGGCGACACCACUCAGAUGUUUACUCCCACUAUUUUGGGGGCCUUACAGAGACAGUGCUGGUCGUCAGAUCUGUGUCUACCAUGCUCAAUUACGACUAUGUGUGGGAUAUGGUCUUCCACUCCAAUGGGGCCAUAGAAGUCAAAUUCCAUGCCACGGGCUACAUCAGCUCAGUGUUCCUCUUUGGUGCUGCCCGAAGGUAUGGGAACCAGGUUGGGCAGCACACGCUGGGCACCGCCCACACCCACAGCGCUCACUUCAAGGUGGACCUGGAUGUAGGAGGUAAGACAUCCCCGUGGGGCAAAAAUUCCGGAAGAGCGGCUGACGAGUUGUCUCUAUUUGUCUUGGGUCUAUGGUGGUUAUACAGGAAAGGAAGAUUUGAGAAUUUGAGCGUGCGCUUUUGGAGCUUCAUGCUUCUUCUUUCGCUGGAUGGGAGGGAGUUGGAAUCUGACUGUAUUUAGCUCAUUGGCUGGGUGCACAGCUGCCCCCCCCCCAGGCCCCCUCCACAUGACCUCAUCAGGAAAUCUUGGGAAAUGGCAAAGCUCAGGGAGGAGGCAGGACCUGGGCUAUCAGGGUCCCUUUUGCCCUCUUCCCUUCCUUGCACGUAUAUGGGCCCCAUUUCAGAGAGGCAGCCGUUUGUUUUCCAGUUUGUUUCUCUUCGUCUGGGCUGUGGUGCCCGCGUUCUGGAGGAUCUGGUUGUGUUCUGCCAAGUCACUGGCACAUGUAGGCCAGUCAUGGAACACCCUGGGUUGGACAUUUCCUUGGGAGCUGAACCCUCCUCCUCCCGAAUUUUCCAUCUCUCUCUGGGCACGCUACACUUGAGUGUGAGUGUUAGAAUGGAUACUGUGGAACAUUCCAGAUAGUUCCUGGUGGUCACAGAGAGAGCCAGGGAAACAUGACGUCUUGGAGUCUGUCGUUUCACUUUCCUUCCCCACGUUGAGCUGAUCAGAUUUUUUUCUGUUUUCCUUCUGAAGUGUCUCAAACACCUCGUCUGGCCCCUCUUGCCAUCCUCCUGUAGGUGCCAUCUCUCUCUGCCAUUUCCACGCUUCUUCCUCUCAGGUCCAGGGUCCACUCUGUGACCAGAGGCCCCUACGCCCACGCCAGCCUGCUCCCUCAUGCUGCUCCCACCUUCCCCAUCGCCUGUAGGAUCGCACCUGCAGAAGAGCCUACAAGGCCCUUCCCACCUGGCCUUUCAGAUUCUUCUCUGUGUGCUGCUUUAGUCACACCGAAACCCACCCUGUCCCUGGACACACACGCACACUCCACACAUUACAGUCAGGCUUCUUUGCUUUUGCCCAUAUUUUGCCCUGCCUAGAAUGCCCUACUAUGUCAUCUCUACUGGUAACAUCCUCUAAUGCCAGGAGGAAAAGUUGCCCAGGAAGGCCCCCUUUUCCUGCCUGCACCUCUAUUCCUAUAACCUUGAAUCUUAAAUGUGCUCCUCUCUCGCCACUAAUGAGUGAAUGAAUGAA